AGCUCUCGUCGGCGACUUGAACACUGAGUAUUUAUCUAUCCGAACAACAUCUUCGACACCCUGGAGACUAUAGUCGCCUUCUUAGCUCUUUCUGAAUCGUAAUAAAUUAUCAUCGCGACACCAAUACCAACCAUGGCCUCCAAGCGCGCAGCUCAACUGCUCGGCGUCCGUUCCAAUGCCUCCGUCAUCGGCCGCCAGCCUACACGAUUGAGCUUUAACACUGCACGAGCCUUCAGCAUCGCACCCAAAUCACAAAACAAAAUCAUCUCGCAGAGCAGGACAGUGGUUGUAGGAGGUGCAGCGAGAUUACAAGCGACGCCCGCGCAAAAGAGAUGGCACUCACAGGCCCCAAACGACUUGAAGCAGAACAAACUCUACCAAUUCGACGAUGUUCUACAUAUCCUCGAAGCGCCCUCAGACUCCCGCCUCCUCAUUGACGUUCGCGAACCCCAUGAAUUCGACGCAAACACUAUACCCACCUCUAUCAAUAUCCCCGUCACCUCACAACCCGAUGCGCUGCUACUAGACGAAGAGGAGUUUGAGGAUAGGUUUGGUUUCCAGAAGCCACCCAAGGGAAAGGAAGUCGUCUUCUUUUGCAAGGCCGGAGUGAGGAGUUCAGCGGCUGCAGGAAUCGCGAGACAAGCUGGAUACACAAAUAUUGGCGAAUACCGCGGCUCGUGGCUCGACUGGCAGAAGCGCGGCGGACCGGGCACAAAGUCACCACCGAAGCCCGAUGGCAUGGGCGAGCCCAAGGCCCCUACCACCGAGACAAAGCCUACAGCUAAGACGGGUGAUAGCGGAGAAGAAGAUCUGGGGCCUCAAGGCCAACCACCGUACCCACCAGGAGGGAUUAUGGGCCAACAGUAGGUCUGCGAUGUGAAGGUGGCAGAUGGUGAAUGAGUUGGUAAUACGUGAUACAUGGAGGAUGCACAUAACAAAACGAGACUGAGAUCUAGUUAAAUUGAAAGAAACAU